AUGUUUGCUGCAGACAGGGUUGAAACUUCAAACUUCAUUAUUAUGAAUGGAAACAUAGACAUCAAUGAAGAAACUCAUACUGCUGAAGGAAACGGCCAAUACAGUGGUUCAACUGGUUCAACUGAAUCAUGGCUUGACCAAGUAAAGAGAAAAUCCGGUUCUGGGGACAAUAAGUGGCAAGUCUCUAAAAAUGUUUGCAUUUAUAGGGUGCCUAAACCCAUGAGAACCUCUCAAGACGAUGUCUAUGAUCCUUUUGUUGUAUCAUUCGGCCCUUUCCAUGACAAAAUGAAUCCUACACUAUCUAUAAUGGAUGAGCAUAAGAUAGAAGCACUCCGCAUAACAUCGGAAAGGCUCGGUAUGGAAGCAAAACAGUUCACUAAAUGGAUUGAAACAGAGUUCGAGGCUCGAAUUAGAGAAUGUUAUGCAGAACCAAUUGAGUGGGAUCGGGAAACGUUCUCAUGGGCGUUCGCAAUGGAUGCUUGCUUUAUCCUUGAAUUUUUAAAAGGGGCUACGAGGACUGGAAAACUGAGUGAGAUGGGCUGUCGUUUUAGCCUUGUGUUUCAAAAUUAUUGUCAAAUAAAUUCAAUGUCUUAUGGUAUAAUGGAUGACAUUAUGAAGAUGGAAAACCAAAUUCCUCUUUUUAUCCUCAAAUCUAUACUGACGAAGGAGUAUGGAGCAGAAGAGGCAGAAACACAGUUGUGUACAAUGCUGAUUGCCUCCAAUCGGUUCGACGGAUUUCCGUUCCGCUUCUCAUUUGCUUCCGGUGAAGAAACACCGCAGGCAUUUGAGAAACUGAGGAGUCAUGUACAGAAGGAUCCAGCUCACCUACUGGAUUUAUAUCGAAGGGUGAUCGAAUCUCUGCUAAGACAUUCAGGAAUGGAAUUAGAUUCUCAUCCUGAACCUGAUAACAGUGAUGUUGAAUCUGAAUCUGAUAACAGUGAUGCUGAAUCUGAACCUGGGAACACCAAAUGUCACCAUAGCUGUUGUGAAUGUCUCAUCGAUAUGCCACGUUCUUCAAAUGAUAGGAGGUGUAUCCCUAGUGCCGAAUUAUUACAGACAGCAGGUAUCAAAUUUAAACCAGGUCAAAUCGGUUUUCUACAGGGAAGAUUUAGAAAAAGCAUUCUUUUCCUCCCUCAAAUAAGAGUGAAUGGCAGCACAGAAACAUUACUCCGGAAUGUGAUGGCUUAUGAGGAGUGUCAAAGAUGUUCAUGGCAUCCUAAAAAGGCUGUGAUUUCGAAUUUUUUAGUUAUGUUAGAUUAUUUAAUUGAUUCAGCGAAAGAUGUUUCUGUACUCCGAAAAGGUCAGGUGAUUUCGAGCUUGGCCUGCAGUGACGAAGAUAUAGCUUACAAAUUUAACAAUAUAACUAAAGGAAUCACAGCUGGAACAUACAAUGGGUUCGAGAAGGUGAUGAAAGAGGCGAGAGAACAUUACAACAGGCAAUGGAAUGUUUGGAUAAGUCAAUUAAAGGAAGAACAUUGUUCAAGGCCAUGGUAUUUUAUCCCUGUUGCAGCGGGGAUAAUUCUUUUGGUUUUGACCUUUGUGCAAACUGUGUACACCGUGAAGCAUUAG